AUGGAUUCGGCCCCGCAGGUGCAAGUUGGUGGAACUGAAGAUGCAGCGCGGAGCACGCAAACUCCAGUCGAUGCGGAGAUGACGCCGGCCCCAAGUGCAGGAAAUGACGGUCAAACAGAACAGACACAAGACGUUUCUUUACCAGAUGCGCAACCAGCAGAGGAAUCACAGCCCCCAAAACUGCUUCACUUCCUUGAUUUCUUGACAUCACCAAUUGUCGAGCUCGUUGUUGGAAGCGGUGAUGAAAAGACUGCCAUGACGGCCCACCAGAGCCUACUGUUGGAAACGCCUUUGUUAUCCGACCAGGUUAAGGCAUUUGGCGAAGGUCCGCGCCGGAUUGAACUCCCUGAUGAAGACGUCGAAGCGUUUGGUUAUUUCUUACAGUAUCAAUACACACGGGACUAUGCACCUUCACAACUACAAAUUGUCAAUGGAACAGAUGAUACUGGCGAACAGCUCCUCAAGCAUGCUCGUGUAUACACGCUGGCAGGGAAACUAGGUAUUCCUGCCCUGAAGUCCCUUGCGCAUUCUAAGAUACAUCGCAUCAAUAGUACCUCGCGUGGUGAAUUGGCCUAUGCCCGCUAUGUAUAUGCUAACACGGCGUCCGAUGAUGUUACUAUUCGCAGGCCCGUGUCGAACUUUUGGGGUAUGAGGAGCCAUGUCCUGCGCCAUGAGGCGGUCGAAGAUUUUAAGCAACUAUGUCUCGAUGUUCCGCAGUUUUGUUUUGACGUCCUGACCGUGGUUCUGGACCAAAAAGAGAAACGCGCACAGGACCGAGCGGAGACAGAAUCUGGAGUGAAGGGAAGUGGAAGGAAGCGACUUCGCAGUGGCCUCUAA